AUGGGAAUGUUGGCCUCAAACUGGAUAUUGCUCAAGAUUUUGAUACGAUCAUCUCGGAUUGCUGUCAUGAUUAAUGGCUUCCCUGAAGGUUAUUUCAGUAUUACUAGAGGUCUGCGUCAAGUUGAUCCUUUCUCACCUCUGAUCUUUGUUCUUAUUGAAGAUGUUUUAAGUCGCAAUCUUUCCAAGUUGUUUGCAAAUCAUAGUAUGAAUGUUAUGGUUAGUAAAAAAGGUGUGGCGCCUACAUACUUUCUUUUUGCGGAUGAUAUCCUUAUAUUCUACAGAGGUAAUCUUCAUAGUUUGCAAAAUUUGAAGAAUAUGCUUGUAUUGUAUGAACAUGCGUUUGGCCAGUGCGUAAACUAUGCAAAUAGCAAGUUUUAUUUUGGAGGUGGUAGAAUUUUUCGUGCUAUUUCUAUUUCUAACUAUUUGGGUAUGGAGAGAGCUAUGUUUCCGGAUAAAUACUUAGGUAUUCAACUGAAUCCUGGUAUUGUUCGGCAUAUUCAUGUUCGCAAAGUUGUUGAGAAGAUUAUGGAAAAGAUGGCUGGCUGGAAAGGUAAACUUUUAUCAUUUCAGGCGAGGCUUGUGCUAAUUAAGUCGGUGAUUUCUAGCUAUGUUAUUCAUUCUAUGGAUGUUUACAAAUGGACAUGCACGGUUAUUAAGCAAGUUGAAAGGGCCAUUAGAAAUUUUCUUUGGUCCGGUGAUGCUGAGAAACGUAAAUAUUUUACGGUUCUAUAUGAUGAUCUAUGUCUCUCAAAGCGUAAAGGUGGUCUUGGAAUUAAGAAGUUAAAUGAUGUUAAUAGGGUUAUGCUAAUGAAGCUUUGGAUUUCUAUUCGGGAUUCAAACAAGAUUUGGGCCAUAUUUUUGAGGGCCAAAUAA